GGUUUGACGCUUUAAGAAUUGUGUACGGUCAGAUUAUGAAUCGUUUUAGACGACUAGAUCAUUCGUCCUUAGAAUCCUUGAGCCUAAUAUAAUAAUUUCUAGAGGGUACACUUCAAAGCCUUGGAAAUUGGUUGGGAGGAAUAAAACAAAGUUUUUUUUUAUCUGAUUGGUCAUGGAUUUGAAUUUUCACUUGUUUCCUUAGAUUAUGAGAUAAAUGUGAGUUUUUUUUAUAAGCGUUGUUUGAACCAAAAUCUUUUUUCUAUCUUAAACUGAGACGCCGUUUCCUUAUACUAAUUUCUGGGUUAAAAAAAAAAAAAAAAGAGGUGCAAACUGCACACUUAACAAAUAGGAAUGAUCCUCAUGGUCAUGCUAAGUAGUACAUGCUUGGACUUUGCUUCUAAAGCAUCAACUUUUUCUUUAUUUUAACAUAUUUGGAAAACACGUUAAGAAUAGAGGAAUCACAUCUAGGAUGUAGAAGCUAUCAUUAUUAGCAUACGAAAAUCACAUGUGAAAUGUGAAAAAUCAUUUCUAAAAUGUGAAAUCAAACACACUAUUGAUUUCUUGUACUGUGUUGUAAUUCACAACCGUUCAUUAGAUUCCUAAAAAAUACUUUUCAACUUUUUUUCCAAGCAUAGCCUUAACCACAGCAAAAGCCCACCUGAGUUUUUGACUUCAUACCAAACUUUAAGAUUCCUCACAAAUGUAUUCUUUACCGUGAACCAUUGGGUGCUCUUGCCUAGUGCAUCUUCUCUCUGCUAGUCAAAUUGAUCAUCAUUUCUGAACUUUGACCGUUUGAUUAUUAUGAUUAUUUAAUGGAGAUUGCGUAAAUAUGUUGACAUUCAAUGAUUCGGUAACAGUUUUGACUAGUGAAUCUUUCUUUCUUAAAUUUCUUUCGUGUUGCUUUUUCUCUUUUGAUGGUUAUUAUUCGACGUAUAAUGGAACUUUUUUGACCUGGCUUUUAUUUAUUUGCUAUAGAACGUUUCUUUUUUCUUUUAUGAGUGCAUCAUUGUUUUUAUUCAGAGUGGUCGCUGCAUGAAUGAUUGAUUGAUUCAGUUUUUUGUCGACAAGGGAUUCUGGAACUCAUUUGUUGAUAAACUGCUACCUCAAAAGCAGUGACAAAGUGGUGGAAGUUUGAUAGACAUUAUAGUUCAAUUUGUUCUGAAUACCCCUCAAAAGGUCUUACAUUGUUGCUGCACUAUGAAAUUGUGCAUAGACCUGGAUCCAAUGGACCCGAAGCCAAAUCUUAACCCUGUCCUUACUGAUGCCACACCCUUAACAAGGUCAAGGCUUGGUGUGCCUUCUGGUUUGUCACCUUACUCUCCUAAAGGGGCAACCUUUCCCCAUGGUACCAUGCUGGCAAUACCAAGGAAGAAGACAGGAAUUCUUGAUGAUUUUCGUUCUAGCGGUUGGCUGGAUGCGAUGAAAUCGUCUUCUCCUACUCACAAUAAAGUAUCCAAGGAUCUUGGUCAUGGGAUUGGAUCACCUGAUGCUGCUUAUAGUACCUGGCUGCUAAAGUUUCCAUCAGCACUUGCAUCUUUUGAUCAAAUUACCAACUGUGCAAAAGGAAAGAGAAUAGCAUUGUUUCUGGAUUAUGAUGGAACUCUUUCACCCAUUGUGGACAAUCCUGACUGUGCUUUCAUGUCAGACAAUAUGCGUGCUGCUGUUAAAAAAGUGGCGGAAUAUUUUCCAACCGCGAUAAUUAGUGGAAGAAGCCGUGACAAGGUAUAUGAAUUUGUUGGACUAAGUGAGCUCUAUUAUGCUGGUAGUCAUGGAAUGGACAUUAUUGGUCCUCCUAGACAAUCUAAUUCUGAUAAUCACCCUGAUUGCAUAAGGUCUUCUGACCAGCAGGUUGUUGAAGUUAAUUUAUUCCAACCUGCUGCUGAAUUCCUGCCCAUGAUUAAUGAGGUACGUGGGUUGCUCAAGGAGUGUAUAAAAGAUAUAGAAGGAGCAACAGUUGAGAACAACAAAUUUUGUGUGUCUGUGCAUUACCGCAAUGUAGAUGAGGAGAGUUGGCAAAUUGUGGGACAACAUGUAUAUGAUAUUCUGAAGGAGUAUCCACGUCUGCGUGUCACUCAUGGCCGGAAGGUUUUAGAGGUUCGGCCAGUGAUUGACUGGGAUAAGGGAAAAGCUGUCACAUUUCUACUUGAGUCACUUGGACUUAACAAUUGCGAUGACGUGCUAGCUAUAUAUGUUGGAGAUGAUAGAACAGAUGAAGAUGCAUUCAAGGUUUUGAGAGAAGUUAAUAAAGGUUGUGGCAUCUUAGUGUCCCCUGCCCCAAAAGAAAGCAACGCAAUUUACUCUCUUCGUGAUCCCUGUGAGGUCAUGGAAUUUCUGACAUCACUUGCUGUAUGGAAAUCAAGCAUUCAAGCUCGCUGAAAAGCCUUACAAAGUAUAUAGAGGAGAACAUACUCCACUAUGCUACAUAUUAGAGACAGUAUUUUGUUUGUAUGUUGGAUUUGUUAGAAGACUUUCCAAGAGGUCUGCUGGAACAUAUUUGAGCUCAGAAGACCUCUGACGACAGCAACAACACUGACGACAGCAACAACAUUGUCAUUACCCAAUUGUUUUGCUCGAAGCUUGUGUGGUAGCUGUAAAUUCCAGGCUGAGAAUUAUAUAUAUUGGAAAGUUUAAGGAAAAUCUCCUCAUAGGGUUUUUUUUUGUUCCCCCAUUAGAAGUUUAUUAUUGUAUUUAUUUCAUAUUCUUCCUUCAGUUUUGGUUACUGUCCCUAACCAGCUCAUUGGGGAUUAAAUAUGAAAUUGUUCUGGUUUUUUUUUUUUUUUAUAGAAAAAUUAUCAUAUUUUAAUUUUUUAAUAUGUAGAUUGGAUAUCAUUAUAUGUAUAACCUAUUUAUAUCAAUCUGAUUACCAUUACAUACUUCA